AUGUCUUGCUUUUCUGCCUUUGCUGCACCACCAUGGACCGGCAAAGGUCGAGGGCGUGUUCAUGCUAAUGUUUCUGAAGCAGUUGGGAACACCCCAUGCGUCGAGAUUUCAGAUGCGAUUUGCCCGAAUGGGCGAACGAUUUAUGCCAAACUGGAAUACUUCAGCCCUCUGUCAAGCGUGAAGGACAGGACGGCUUGUGCCAUCAUAGAGGAUGCCGAGAAGCGGGGCCUGUUAAAGCACGGGUCCGCAGUAGUCGAGGCAACUUCAGGAAACACUGGCAUUGCAAUCGCCAUGCUCUGUGCUCAACGUGGCUACCGCUGCAUCAUUGUGCUGGCCGAGUCCUUCUCGAUCGAGCGUCGCAAGCUCAUGCGCUUCCUCGGAGCCAAAGUGAUCACAACUCUAAAGUCGGCAGGGGGAACUGGCAUGGUAGCAAAAGCCAAAGAGCUUUCAAAGAAGCACGGCUGGUUCUUGUGUCGCCAGUUUGAGAAUGAGGCGAAUGUCAAAUUCCAUUAUGAAACAACCGGGCAGGAAAUUCUGCGUGACUUUUACGGGGAGCGCUUGGACUUCUUCGUUCGGCGGGACCUUUGCUGGUGUAGGCCAGGCCAUCAAAGAGGCGAGGCCGGAGGUGAAACGGUGCCUGGCAGAGCCGAUGGAGUCCCCAAUGGUGCGCUCAGGCAUGGCGAUGGAACGAGCUCCAUGCUAGCAGCUGUCCAGGUUGCUGCGGAUGCUCCAGAAGGUUCUGUCAUACUCACCGUUAUCGCAGACACUGGCGAAAGGUACUUGUCCACGCCACUUUUUGCAGCCAUCAGCUCCGACAUGAAUGAAGACCAGCUUGAAAUCUCACGGCUCUUAAGAAGGCGUGGCGCAGAAGCUGUCAUCCUGCAGCCCUACCAGCUUUUCAUCUGUUCCAGGUAUCGCAUCAACAAGAAGUUGCAGCGAUACCUUUCGUCUGCGGGGCGCGGAGUCGCUGAGCAAUGCGUGCUGCCGAAGGCCCUGCGCCACCCCGGGGCUGCGGAGCUCCUGAGUGGUGCGGCCGAGGUGCUCCGCUCUCGGCGCUUCGCCGUGGUUGAUGGCGCCUUCCCUCCCGAAGCUGUGGCGCAGGUGCAAUCAGAGUUGAAGAUGCUCCGAAGUGCACACGUCUUGCAGAACGAUGUGAACGAUGUCUGCAACCCGCUUCAGGAAGCUAAAUAUCUUCCGUACGGCUCUGAUGAUGCAGCCAGCGAAUUCCGGGCCAAGUGUCCCAUCACCAUGCAGGUCACCGAACGACUAGCUGGUUUGGCAGCAGUUCUAGAAGAGCUCUUAGGCUUGAACUUGGCCGUGCCCCAGUCCGUCAUGGCCGCCUGCUAUCCCCCGCGUGCAUCCUACAAGAUGCACCUGGACAGCUACUUUCUGCAAGGCUGUCAAGAUGACGUGCCGCGGAAAGUCACAGUGCUGCUGUACUGCAACCACGGUUGGAGUCCAAAGGUGGGCGGUGAGCUUCGGGCCUGGGCGCCAUUUGAUCAAGGCCAGGGCCCAUCUCAGACCAUCGAGCCGCUUCCAGGGCGUAUGGUGGUCUUCAUGUCAGAGGAGAUUUGGCAUGAGGUGCUGGAGUCGCAUGGAGAUCGGUUUGCCUUGACCCUUUGGGUUCACGACCGUGAACGUGCAGAGCUGGAGCACCAGCCCUGCAUUCGUUUCGACUCCUUCGUUCGUGAACCUGGGACGGACAAGGCCACCUAUCGUGCGCUGAGCCUGGCAAUGGCAGCGGCAAGACCCAGCCACUUGAUUGCACGAUGGAUAGCCAUUCUGAGAGCAAGGGGCCAUGACGAAACAACGUGGCUGGGUGUCUACUCCUUUGCCGGGUGUGGGAGUCACUACCAGAUGGUGCUACUGGGAGAAGGCGUACAGAUCAUGGCUCAUCGUCUCCCUGCCAAGCAGAAGGCGAAGCCAAAGCUAGCAUCUUUCCAGCAAGACUCUUCAGGUGAGGAAAGUGAGACGAAGAACAACUUGGCAAUAGUGCAGGCCAAAGCGGGCGCGGUGGUGUCACCGAUACAGAAGCCGCUGGAGCAGAACACUGUGCACCUGCCAAGCCGACUCAGCCUGGAUUCCCUUCCAGCAGCUGCAGUCCACGUCGUGGCUGCCUUGGCGGGGCUGGUGCCGUUCUCUGUGGGCUACUCCUUGGCAAAGCUCUGGAGCUUGGGUGGUUGGCGAAUCGCAGACUCUCCGAGCUUCAAGGCUGGAUGCUUCAGCUUCAUUUACGCCAAUGGGAUCUUUCCAAACGUCUUAUGCGAUUACGGCAAUGGCAACUUUGGGCCACUUCCGGCAUGUGAGGCGGACCAGCAAGCGAUGCUGAGGUCCACUCCCAUUAUUGUGGCGAAUCACAUGAGCUACCUGGAUGUUCUAGUCCUUCCUCUUGCCUUGCAGAUGCCAAAGUUCAUGUCAAUGGCCAGUGUGCGAAAUGCACCUUUGUUUGGCACACUGGGAAAUGACCUGGAGUACGUAUGGGUGAAUCGGAGCUCAAAGGAUUCGAGAGGUGCCGCCAUGAAGGCCAUCCAAGAGCACGUAGAAGGAUGGAAAGACGGAGACCGUCCUCUCUUGAUCUUUCCCGAGGGAACGACAUCCAACGGCACAUCCCUCCUGGAGUUCAAGCAGGGCGCAUUCUUUUCAGGGGCUCCUGUGCGGCCAGUGCUCUUGAAGCACACCGGGUCCUGGAAUCCUGCCUGCACAGACUACCUGAUGACAGAGGAUGGUCAGCAUGCCAUAUACUCCGACGGCGAGUGGGCGAUGAACUUUUGGGCACAUCUUCUACACAGCUGUACCAUCUUCGUUUGCGAGCCAUACUACCCAACAGCAAAGGAGAAAGCGGAUACGAGCCUAUAUGCCUCGAACGUGCGCGCGUACAUGUUGGAGAAGCAUCGCGAGCUAGAGCUAGUUUGCCGGGCCCCGAGCCAGAACCAAGUGGGCGGCAUAGUUCGCGACUGGCGUCGCCGCCUGCGGCUACAGCGCUUGGCGGCCGAGGCACCCGAGCCUCGAAGACGUUUGAGGAUGCGACUACAAAGACGUGGCCGUGAAGGGACGUUGCUGGGGCCCGCGGACAUGGAGAAGAAGCCGGGUUAG